AUGUCACUCACACUAGAACAAGAAAUGGUCCAUCUCGCACCAGAGCAACACGUCCGCGCAAUCCUCCUCGCCCUCCUCGACGACCGCUCCGUCAAAGCCCGCGCCCUAAACCACUACCGCGCCCUCAAAGCCGCUGACAACCCAGUGACCGGCCUCAAGCGCAAAGCCAUGAAUGACCUGUUUGUCUGUGUUCAGUGCGACCAGGCGUUCACACACCAAGAUAACACUGAGACGUCGUGCCGUUACCAUCCAGGGGAACUUAUUGUUGAUGACAAAGAGGAUUUCUGGGCGGAUCAUGAUGAGGAUUGUCAUGGGGAGAUUGAUACGCCUGAGAUGAGAGAGGAGAUGCCUGAUGGGUUCCGCUGGACGUGCUGCGACAAAUUAGGUGGACGAAAAGGCUGUACCAAGGGAAAACAUCAAGCUGAUCCGGCAAAGUCACGGAGAGGUGGAAAUGUGCCAUCUGGUGGUGACCUAAGGAAGAACAAUGGUUCACAUUUCCCAGUUUCAGACGAGGACAGUGACGAGGAGGAAGAUGGCGACGAGGAAUAUUGA